AUGGUCAAGAUCAGAUAUUCAGUUCUUUUUGGUUUUUCACUGAUUCAAAUUAUUCACGACAAAAUAGUUCAUUUCAUAACUUUUGGCAUUUUAACCAUUGAAUUUUAUUUUAUUUUUGAUACCCAAUACAAAUCAUUGAAAUUAAUUCGAUAUUUGACUUUUACUAUUUGUACAAUCGGAGGAGGAAUAAUCCUGGAAAUCAUUCAACAUUUUGUGAAUCAAAAGAGGAUAUUUGAUCCAAUCGACAUCGUUUGCAAUGUACUUGGAAGUUUAUUGGGUUUGAUUUUAUCAGUUCUUUAUCAAAAUUAUCGCAAGGGAAUUGCCAAAAAGGAGAGAUUACGAUAUCAUAAGUUGAUGAAUAAUAAUCCUGAAUCUUUGGAAGAGAAUGCCAUUUUGAAUGAAGAUACUAAUGAAGUUGAAUUGGGAAGUGAUGGGAGAAGUACUCCAAGUGAUUAUGUUAACAUACAAAUGAAAGAUGUUUAA